CUUGAUUUUUCAAAGCUGUUCCUCUCGAUUUUUCAAAGCUGUUCCUCUCGAUUUUUCAAAGCUGUUCCUCUCGAUUUUUCAAAGCUGUUCCUCUUAGCUAAUUUGUCUGACGUACUUGCAAACGCAAAUCAAAACAGUGACGCUCGAGGACUCACUAGUAAUACUCACCUAACGUCUCAUUCACCUCGACACGAAUCUUCAGGAGAGUUUUCAACAUAAUUGAAAAAAAAAACGCACACAAUGCCUUCUCACCACCAUCUCUCGUCCGAUUUCACCUACUCCAUGUGGGAUCAUGCUUCGAAGAACUCGCGCCAUCCUUAUAGCAAUCCUUACAUCACCCACAAUCCUCUUACUUCUCUACAACCGCAACCUCGACCCACCCUUUCAACACCAGGUCUCCGCCCCAGCAAACUCAACCCUCGGCUUCGGCACCAUCCUAGCCGUCUCCCGCCCGCACUCCCGACGCCAACCAGGUCUCCUCUGGGCAGCCAACCUUACAGACCUCGAGAUCGUCAUACCACAUCAGCCAGAAUGGACGGAAGCAGAACUAGACGCGUUCCGCCUCACCUCAGACUCUGCGAUCUCUGAGGGUAGCGCAAGGGCAUGGCUCGGACACCUCAAUGCCCUACGCUGUUUUCUCGACACGGGGAAAGAAACAGCACUCAUUAUCGAAGACGACGUAGACUUCGAUCUCUCCAUUCGAAGCCAUCAAAUCCCCCUCCUUGCCCCCGUCGUCCGCAGCCUCCUCUCGAACACCUCUUCGGCCCGAUCCAGUGUUGAUGAAAGGUACUGGGGCGACACCAACACCUGGGACAUCCUCUACCCGGGGCACUGCGACGACGCUCUCCCUUCCCCGCCAGGGGACUCAUCUGGCAACCCAACCAACCCUCUCCUCUCGCACCCUCACCUCUUCUACCCCGACCCUUCCAUCCCCCCACACACCCUCUUGCACCCCGAUACGAGUAACUUCCUCCGCGCCCUGCGCGUUCCAGAAUCCACACGCAUACUGCACCGCACAUUCGCGCCCUUCUGCACAUUCGCGUAUGCCGUGAACCGCCGGUCCGCAGAGAGGAUCGUGAAAGAGUUCAGCAGGGAGAGGGAAGGGGUCGAGGCGUUUGAUGUGCAGUUGCUGAAGGCGUGUGGGGAGGGGUUGAGGUGCUUUAGUGUGGGGCCAGAGAUUUUUCAUCAUGCGGAUGGGGGGAGUGAGAUUGCGAGUGUGGAUCGUGGGGUUGAGGGCGGUGUUGAACUGGUACGUGAUAUAGAAGCGUUGCGGAAAGGGACGUGGAAUUUGCGGUGUGGAGCGAGACAUGGGCAGUUGUGGGUGGACGAGGAUGACGAGGAUGGGAGAGCGAGGGCGAAGGAGGUGGUGAUGAGGAUGCUGGAAAGAGGAGCGGGAGAGUGCCCGAUUGAUCUUGUAAAGGCGGAGAGAAGCUGGAAGGGCUGUGAGUGGGGGGAGUGUGGUGCGCAGUCGUAGAGCAGCACAUGCGCACAUCUAAAAGAUACAGCAGCGAGUUUGGAGAUGGGCAAAUGAAGACUCCGAUUCCUAUGUACAAUUAGAUGCCGUCCCACCCAUCCUAUCUGCCAUGAGGUAUCAUUGUCUGCGACCAACCAUGAUCGAUGAAGUCCCGAACGCCUGCUGCUAUGA